CUGCAGAUAUGUACCCACUUUUCGUGUCGUACGUUGAUAACGUCCUCUACCUUCCACUUGUAAGGUGGCACUUGAAGUCGACUUUUUCUUCUUCAGUAUGUCACAUGACUGAAUCACGUGAACAUAUUUUCACGAUUUCAAGGGUGUCGUUCGAAUGAUCAUUGCACCCUCGACACAAAUAAUUCAACUGGGUUCUCGAGAGCACAACUGAUCGAACUAUAUAGGUGGUAAACGAUCCGUGGGCUUAAUUAUGGAUUCCCCAUUACCAUCAGCAACAACCUCCUCCUCCUGGACGAAUGGUUCUAUUCCACUCUACGCAGUCACACUGGCCAUCCUUCUGCUGUUCUUCUUGAAACGAACUUCCGGCAAAACGAAAGGGCGCCCUCUUCCUGGUCCAAGAGGUCUUCCAAUCAUAGGAAGCACUCUCGAGUUUCUCUUCUCUAAACUGGACCCGAGGGAGAUCCACGAGAAAUGGGCGAAGGAAUACGGCGAAAUAUUCAUGUACAAGCUGUUGGGAUCUCGUUUUGUUUUCCUGAACAACCCUGAUAUCAUCCGCGAGGUUUAUGCAGCUGGGAAUCAUGUCCACGACCGAAUCCCUAUCCUUCUCUGCAACAAAGCCCUUGGAAGAUCCAACACAGAUCUUGGUAUAGUUGGAUGCAAAGCCGAUCUCGACUGGAAGAAUCUGCGAAAGUUCGUCCAACACGUCCUGCGGAACUUCAAGAGCUACUACUCAAGCUUUGAACCUGUUGUGGCAUCUCAGGCAACGCGCCUCGUUGAUGAAUUCUCCAGUCACAAAGGCAAGCCCUUUGAACCGCAGGGAAACAUCUACGCCACUGUCGCUAACAUCACCACCACUAUUGUAAUGGGGAAGACAUACGAGUACGAAGAUCAAGAGUUUGUGGCUCUGGUAAAGACUUCACAGGACAUCUUUGACUAUCUUGGCGCACUCACAAACAACUACCAUAUCCCGUUGGUUGCUUCGGUUCCCGUUAAAUCAAAUAGGAAUGGCUACCGGUCUAUUUCUAAAUUGUUCCGCUUCAUAAGGGACACGGUGGAUGAAACCCGUAGGUCUUUGGACAUCAGGAAGAAGACGACAGAAAGCGAACAGAACAUCGUACAGUCCUUCCUAGAGCAGCAGAAACUCAGGGAAAAGGAGGGCAAGAAUCACGUCUUCACGGAUCCUAACCUCUUUCAGACUGUAUUCGAUCUCUGCUUCGCGGGAUUCGACACCGUGAGCUGCAGCAUAUGUUGGAUCAUUCGACUCCUCUCCCACCACCGGGACGUCCAGGAGAAGCUCCAAGCCGAACUCGACGACGUCGUAGGACGUGAUCGCAUGCCACUCCUGAGCGACGGCGACGACCUCCCUUUCGUGAUGGCAACCAUAGCUGAGUGUUAUCGAAUCUCCCGGAUGAUUUCCACCCAGCUACCCCAUGUCGUUGACAGCGACUGCGAGGUCAGAGGAUACCACGUUCCAAAAGGGAGCUUCGUGUCAGUAAACGCCUCGUGGCUGGCGUGCAAUGAGGCGACCUGGGAAGACCCGGAAGUGUUCCGUCCUGAGCGAUUCAUCGACGACACAGGAUCAUUUGACGUGAACUUGGAAAACAAGAUGAUGAAAUUUGGUGUCGGUCGACGGAUUUGCGUGGGAGAGCAUUUAGCCCGGACAGAGCUCUUCGUUAUCAUGACGCAUCUUCUCCAUCGCUUUAUUUACGAAGAGGUCACGCCCUUCUCCAUGGGUUGUACUGGAACCUUGGUGUUACACCCGUUACCCUUCGAGAUCCGCGCCAUACCCCGGGGGUAGGAGGGUAAUCCAUUAAGGUUGGACGGCGAGGCCACUCGACCGAUGCAGACAAGAUAUGAGUUUAAAAGCGCUACAACGCACAAUAAGCCAGUUCGUAGUUCCUUUCUGUGCAUGAUCAAAAGGUUCUACGCAUGAUCAGAGGAAGGUCAUUUGUACUUAAGUGACAUGGUGGUUUAAAAUCUAAUGAGAUGAGCUCCAACUUUGAUGUCUUGAUCAUUCAUAUAUUCUUUUGAAUUGUGGUUUUCAUUUACAUCCACAAAAAACAACAACGCGUCCACGAACGACUGGUUUUCACAGUUUGCCAAGUACAUUGUGCAACAUGCUAUGAUAUGCAUUCAAAGUAGGAAUGCAACAAAUACCUUCAUAAAGUGUUCAUUGGUGUGCUAUUCUAGUCACCUGGUCUAUUCAAUUUCUUCAUCCUACUAUGUAAGGCAAGCUUACCUAAUAUUUUGCUUUGAAAUCUGCCUAUCAUAAUGAAAGAAAUGAAAGGUCAUUUGACCGAAAAUUGUCCAUGAGUAACUACGAACUGGUCUAUUGCAUUAUAGGUCACACGGCCACUUACGGUAGCUUUCUCCGUUUUCCUAUUUUUCUUCUUUUUAACAUUAAUGUUUUACAUAUAUAUCGAUUAGUAAUCGUAUGUUUGCGUUUUAUUUUUAUUUGAAUUGAAAAUAAUGUCUGUUUUUAGUUAUAUAGUUCAGUAUUUCAUUGAAAUCGUACGUUUGAAGGGUCAUUAUUUUGAAGGUAUAAAGUUAUUUUGUCAUACACUGUUUGGGCAGGGGAUGUUCCGAGCCUUGUUCAUAAUUUUUUUAAACAAUCCGUAUUCCGUAACCAUCCUUAACCUUCCGCAUCAAUUCGCAAGAUUCCCGACCUUUCGUUGGAAGAACGCGAACGCCUAUUUACGACGUUAGUUGAUUUUAGAAGAGACUUUUUGGCCCGUAGUCAUGGUCUUAAAACUCUGUCCUGCAAUGCAAAUUGUGUGACAUGAGAUUUUUUUUCGUUUCGCAUCUGGAACG